CUUUUGUUUAUACAUCAACUUCUUACAUGUUUCUACAUUUGAUUAUUUUAUUUCUAGAAAGUAUAAUUGAUCAAAAAAGAACCUUAAGCGUUUAUAAAAGUGAAAUGACAGUUUUAUCCUUCUAGAAUUUAAAGCCCAUCUCAUUUUGUCUCCACGUCUGGGCUCAAACUCUUUUGCGGACUGUAUCCUUUGAACUUCAAUCUCUAAAAGACCUCGAUCGCAAACAGUUGGAUCAAUCACUUCCUCCGUAUCAAAUUGGAAUUCGAAAUCUCUCCAUCUGUUGAUCCUAUACCAUAAUCAACUGAAAAUGGAACCAAUCGUACCAAUCGCAAUACUUAGUUCUCUGAUUCUCGGAGCUCUGAUCGCUUUUGUAGCCUUUGGUAGCUACUUUCGCAAGAGGAAAUCUGAGGUUGCUUCCAUCGCAAAGCCCGCCGAAGCAGCGGCACCGAAUCUGAAGAAUUCAAAGCCUCAGCAAACUAAGAAAUCUCAGUCCAAGCCUCAUCAUUCACAUGCUGAUAAGGAUUUGAACAAGCGCCAUCACCCACUAGACUUAAAUACUUUAAAAGGUCAUGGAGAUUCUGUUAAUGGCUUAUGCUUCUCAUCAGAUGGUCAUAGUUUAGCAACCGCUUGUGAUGAUGGUGUAGUCAGGGUAUUUAAGUUGGAUGAUGCUUCAAGCAAAAGCUUUAAGUUUAUGAGAAUUAACCUGCCAGCUGGAGGCCAUCCAACUGCAGUUGCAUUUGUUGAUGAUGCUUAUUCAGUUGUUGUGGCUUCACAAAAUCUUACUGGUGCUAAUUUAUACAUGUAUGGAGAAGACAAGCCAAAAUCUGGUGAUAAUAUUCAACAGUCAAAGCCUGAAAUAAAAUGGGAACACCAUAAUGUUCAUGAUAAAAAGUAUAUCAUCACUUUAUUUGGAACUAAAGCUACUCAUGGUGCUGCUGAUGGAAGUACAAUUAUUGCAUCAAGUUCGGAGGGAACUGAUAUUAAACUUUGGCAUGGCAAAUCUGGAAAGCUGUUGGGAAAUGUUGACACUAAUCAGCUGAAGAACAAUAUGGCUACCAUAUCGCCAGAUGGACGGUUUAUUGCUGCAGCCGCUUUCACAGCUGAUGUGAAGGUGUGGGAGAUAGUAUAUUCAAAGGAUAGUUCAGUGAAAGAGGUGACAAAAGUUAUGCAACUGAAAGGCCAUAAGAGUGCUGUUACAUGGCUAUGCUUUACACCCAACUCGGAACAAAUCAUUACUGCAUCAAAAGAUGGUUCCAUAAGGGUGUGGAACAUUAAUGUUCGGUAUCAUCUUGAUGAGGACCCAAAGACAUUAAAAAGUUUUGAGAUUCCACUUCAUGACUCAAAAGGCAGUGUGCUGAGCUAUGACAGGCUGAGUGUAUCCCCUGAUGGAAAGAUUUUGGCUGCUACUCAUGGUUCAUUGCUACAAUGGCUGUCUGUUGAAACCGGACAAGUAUUAGAAACAGCUGACAAAGCACAUGAUGGUGAUAUCACAGACAUCGCAUGGGCACCUAAACCUGUUUCUGUGGGGGAUAAAUGGUUGAGUAUUCUAGCAACAGCUAGUGUUGACAAGAAAGUGAAGUUGUGGGCAGCUCCAGCACUUUGA